AUGGCAGAACCAACCUCUUCCAGUGGCGCGGUUAACGUCCCGCCGCUGCUGGACCUCACAAUCGAUAACAUUACGCCCAACACAAUACGCAUCAACUCGCAAAGCGGCGAUGCACGUCUCACAUAUGUGAUGGCGCGGCUGGUGACACACCUGCACGAUUUUGCGCGGGAAACCCGGCUGAGCACAGAGGAAUGGAUGAAAGCGAUCGAGUUCCUUAUUGCCUGUGGCAAGAUCUGCAGUGAUGAAUUCAUCCUCCUCUCCGACGUCCUAGGCCUGUCCCUCCUAGUAGACAGUAUCAACCACCCCAAGCCCGUCGGCAGCACGGAGGGUUCCGUGCUCGGCCCCUUCCACACGCACGACGCGCCACUCCUCGAGAACGGCUCCUCUAUGACCUCCGACCCCGAGGGCGAGCCCAUGCUAGCGCUCUGCACCGUCAAAGACACUAAGGGUAACCCAAUCCCCGGCGUGACCAUCGACAUAUGGGAGACAGACAGCUCGGGGCACUACGACGUGCAGCAUGCGGGCCGGGAUUCCCCCAGCGAAAGGUGUGUGAUGGUUAGCGAUGAGGAGGGUAGGUUCUGGUUCAAGGGGAUCAAGCCGGUCAGCUAUCCCAUUCCUAAUGAUGGACCGGUGGGGAAGUUGUUGGAGAAGUUGAAGCGGCAUUGUUGGCGACCGGCGCAUGUGCAUUUUAUGUUUAAGAAGGAGGGAUGGGAUCAUUUGAUCACAGCGUUGUAUAUCCGGGGUGACCCGUACGAGACAUCUGAUGCUGUAUUUGGUGUCAAGAAAAGUCUGAUUGUUGACCUGGAGAAGGUUGACAAGGAGACGGCCGAGAGGUACGGUGUUAUGGAGGGCAUCUGGCUGUUGAAGCACGAUUUCGUGCUUACUACGGAAAAGGAGACGGAGGAACUGAGGGAUAAGUUAGCCACUGAGGCCUUGCAGAAGCUGGGUCUGAACUUGAAGCUGGUAGAUCAUCUACCAGUCCCAGAUUUGGAUUAA